GUAGAAAAUGUUGUCAAAUUUUUGAAAGUGAAACCAAUACACUCAAGGACUCGGAGCACGCGGAACAGAACAAAACAUAGCAAUAAGGAAGAAUGGACAUAAUCACAAGUAAUAAGGUGAAGCUUAUUAAAUGGUUACGCGUAGACGAAUACAUUUUGCAACACGUCCAAUGUAGGAAGUUGAUAACCAUGGAUGAAUACACGAAACUGAAAAACCUCUCAAACCCUGGAACACAAAUAACCGAACUCUUGGACCUAAUGUUGCAAAAGGGACAAAGUGUGUGCAUGGAUUUUCUAAAAUUGCUGAAAGAAGACGAUGUGAAUGAAAGCAGCCCGGAGCUGAAGGAGUGGAUAACUUCAGUAAAUACCUCCUCAGAAAUAAAAGCAGCUCCACAGAGCGCUGACCAAAGCUCAGGUAGCUCUGUGAAUAUUACUGCAACUGAUGGCAGCAGUAUUCACGUCCCUAUGAUAAGCGGCUCUCAGAUUUCUAGCCUCAGUAUGAACAUGAAUACUAAUUUUCAUAAAAGGACUGAUGAGAAACCGCGGAGAAGCGCUUUCUCAGACCGAGAACUAGAUAAUCAGGAAUUUCUGAAGAAGAACCGGGGUGAACUUAUUGAUAAUGUAAAAACCGUUGAUAGAAUCAUUGAUGACCUUAAUCUUACUGAAGAAAAGGCGGCAAACGUACGAGCUGAGAAGACAGAGCAGGCCAAGAUGAGGAAAGUUCUGGAGUACACAAACAGCAAAAAAGCUGCUCAGCUUCUGGUUGAUGCCUUGUGGAAACAUGCAGGCGAUGUCAUGGAGGACCUGACCACGGCCUAACAGCUCAGUGCAGCAUUUAAAACCUCUUCAAUGAUGGUGCAGGGCAUAACUCACAAACCAAAUACCUCACGGUUUCUAAGAUAACAUUAUGAGAUAUGUAUUUUUAUUACUGUUUCUGUAAACAAUAUAGAUCUGUUUUUUAUCACCCAUGACCAUCAUUCCACUAUGUUUUUACAGUGUUAUAUUUUUAUAACCGGUGUGAUUAUAAGACAAUAUCAGUCAAUAUCUUGAUGGAAAAAUAAAAAAAUACAUGAAUAAAUAAGCAAUGUUGAGUAGAAGUGCAUAUUCGAAUACAUUGGUUUUGCUGAUUGUAAAUAGAAUACCUGUUUGGAUUAAACCCAUUCAGUUGAAAUGACCAGUAAAAUUAGCUAAUAACUACAACUCCAGGCAAAAAUUAUGUAAAUCACCACACUUAGAGUAUGUUGACCUGGCUUUCCUGUUUGUUUGUUUUUUGUUGUUAUUGUUGCUGUUUUUUUUUUUUUUACUUCUUGGCAAAUAAACAAAAUCACAGAUAUGACACAAACCAAACUUUCUUUAAUAGCUGAACAUCCUGGCUUCAUGAAACAUACCUCAAACAAAUCAAAAUUAUUGUAAUUAAUGGCAUAUUUUUUCCAGAUCAAGUAAAGGAAAAAUUAUGGAAUCAUCAAAAAAGAAUUAUUUUUUUGUUGCUCCUCCACAGGCAUUUUAUGACUGCCUGAAAUCUUUUCUUUUCAUUAGAUUUCCAUAAUGAAAAACAAUACUCUCUAUCAAGUUGGUCCCAAACCUUUUUGAAUAGCAGUUGACCGAUCAGCUUUGCACGAUGUAGCCUGGUCAUGAACCAAUUUUUUUUAUAUUUCCACCAUACAUUUUCAAACAAACUGAGAUCCAGACUGUUUGCUGGCCAUGUCAUUAAGUUGAUAUGCCUUUCCUGAAGAAAUGCUUUAACACUGGACUAGUGGACUAGUUCAACAAAUAGACUUCAUGUAAAAACCAUAAUGAACUUUCUUUUUCUUUCACACUAUCCGUCGUUACCCAGAUGAGGACGGGUUCCCUUCUGAGUCUGGUUCCUCUCAAGGUUUCUUCCUCAUAUCAUCUCAGGGAAUUUUUCCUCACCAACAGUCGCCACCGGCUCGCUCAAUAGGGAUAAAUUCACACACUUAAAAUCUGUAUCCUGUGUUUAAUAUGUUUCUGUACAACUGCUUUGAGACAAUGUCCAUUGUAAAACAUGCUAUACAAAUAAAAUUGAAUUGAAUUGACUUGGAUUGAACACUCUUUACUUUGUGGCAAGGUGCAUUAUCAUCACCGCCAAACCUAUUUUCUAUCGAUGGAAUGAGAAAAGUGUCCAAAAUUUGAAUGUACACCUGUGCACUGACUGUUGAGGUCUCCCCUGUUCCUUUACCUGACCUGAAACCCCAUAUCAUAAAUGACCGGGUAAAUGUGAUUGUCUUCUUCAGGCAGUCAUCUUUAUAUGUUUCAUUAGAACGGCACCAGACAAAAUUUCCACGUUCAUUACUUUGGCCAAUGCAGAUUCGUUAUUCAUCACUGAAUAUCACUUUCAUCUGAUCAUCCACACUCCAUGAUUGCUUCUCUUUAGCGGUUCUGUUUAGGUGUUAGUGCUGGUUUUCCUUUGGCUUUUCUAUACGUAAAACCAAUUUCAUUCAGCCGAUUUCUUACAGUUCUAUCAGAAACACUGACUCCUGUUUCUGUUUUUUCAUUUGUUUUUCAUUUGUUUUGUUGUGCAUUUUCUAUUUUCAAGGCAAUAUUGCUUUGAGUUUUCUAUCCUGAUGUGUGCCAUCUUUCUUGGUCUACUCAUAUUUCUUUCUUUUAUAACCUUCCUAUUUCGUUUCUACUUGCACCAAAUUUUAGACACAGCUGACUGGGAACAACCAACAUCUUUUUCCUCACUCUGUGUUAGAUUUCCUUCUUGAAGGAGUUUUAUAAUCCUUGACAUUGUGUCACUUGUCAACUCUCUUGUUGGGGCCAUGUUUCCUUUCAAAAAGUCCAAGGUUAAGGUCUGUUAGCACACUUUUAAGGAGAGAUGCACAGAUACUAAAUUUCUCAGCCGAUACCGAUAACCGAUUCUUCAGAGUGAUAAUUGGCCGAUACCGAUAUCGUACCGAUAGUUCUGCCUUUUAUGCCUUCUUUUAAAUUAAUAAUAAUUAAUUCCACAAUUCUGAAAGAAAUGCAAAUAAAAACUUUAUUCUCUCCAUUUCAACAAGUUGUUUCACAGUAACUGGCCUCAUAAACAGAAAACACAUCACUCUAAUUAACAUGAACACAUGAACUAAAUUCUGAAGAUUAAAGUAAGAUUUCUUAACUUAUUGAGUGUUAUUAAGUAAUAGUAACUUUGACUGAAUUCUAAAAGGAACUCCUGUUAGGCUCCACAUUCACUCACCACAAACAAAAGCAUUUCUACUUCAUCAUUGAACAUCAAACUGCUAAUAUAUAAUAUAAACUUUUUUAUAUAUUAACAUUAACAGGAUAUGAAAUAUACUAUUCUUUUGUAGUAUAUAUACAUUACUUUUGCUGGUAUUUGUUUUAUAAAUGCAAAUUACAAGGCGAUUCCAUAAUAUUUUCCUCAACAUUGAGUGAUUCCAUAUUUUUUUCCUUUACUUGACCUGGAAAAAAAUAUGCCAUUAAUUAAAAGAAUUUCAGUUAACUUGUUUGAGGUACGUUUCACGAAGCCACAGUGUUCAGCCAAUAAACAAAGAUUGUUUUGUGUCAUAUUUGUGCUUUGUUUAUUUGCUAUGAAGUAAAAGGAAAAACCCAGGUGACCAUCCUCUAAGUGUGGUGAUUCCAUAAUUUUGCCAGGGCUGGUAUAAGACCUCCGUAAUACAUGCAACUUUGAUAAAUGGUGGGUUGUCAUUUCCACACAAAAAUAUAAAUAAAUAAAUAAAUAAAGACUGGCUCCUGGCUCUGCUUCAUAGACCACUGGUAUCAGUGAUAAAUAAUGUUGACAUGUAUGACAUAACAUGGUCAGAAAAUAUCAAACAUAGCUCAUAUUUCACUUAAAAUAAUUAACCGUUUGAAUAAAUUCUUAUUCAAACUUAAUAAAUAAAAGGAUCAACUCAAAAUAUUUUUUUAGUAGAUCCUCUUUUAUCAUUCAACUUUUGUAACUUUCAGUCAUUUGGUUAAACAGCGCCCUCUGGUGGUAAUCCUUUUGAAAAUGUUAUGUCAAAUUGACACAUGCAUGAGCAACACCCGGAACAACCGAUAAUACAGCAACACGGAAGAAUGGACAUAAUCACAAGUAAUAAGGUGAAGCUUAUUAAAUGGUUACGCGUAGACGAAUACAUUUUGCAGCACGUCCAUUCUAGGAAGUUGAUAACCUGGGAUGAAUACACGAAACUGAAAAGCAUCUCAGACCAUGGAACCCACAUAACCGAACUCUUGGACCUAAUAUUGCAAAAGGGACAAAGUGUGUGCAUGGACUUUGUAAAAUUGCUGAAAGAAGACGAUGUGAAUGAAAGCAGCCCGGAGCUGAAGGAGUGGAUAACUUCAGUAAAUACCUCCUCAG